AUGAAGACGGUUUUCGACACAGAGAUACAUAUGUUUUCUCUUUUCCAGGAGAAGACAGAAUUUAUCAUGCGGGCUUGGUUAGACAUAUAUCAAAGCCCCAAACAACACGAUCCAACUGCUAUCAAAUGGAUUUUUGCCCAACUUGAACAGAUUGGGAUUUUCACUGUGCCAACAUCUCUGUCAAAAUUAGCUACACGUGAGACUCGAAAGUCUGAUUCCAACAGACUAACUGAUUCUCGGGCCGCUCAAGAUAUAUGUGAUCUUAGAAGCUUAGCUUCUCAAGGCCAAACUGAUGGGAAUUUUGUGCGUUUUUUUCGCCUUGCAACAGUCUUUAUUAUCGAACGUGCGCUUAAAAAUUUAAAGAUUCAGGAGCAGUUAACUAUUGGCUCAUCUACUAUACAACAGCAACAACCACAGCAGCAACAGGCGUCCGCAAUAUCGUCUGCCACCUGGUCAUCACUUGGGUCUAGCAUGACUCCGAACCCUAGCCAUAAUGGACUCGCUCCAGUAUCACUUAUGUCGGUAGGGCCAACUGGAUUCCAAUCGGCUAACUCCUUACCUGGUGGAGUUGCCACAUUAGGUGUUAACUCAGCCUCUAGUGCCCGUAUCCAAAGUUUCACAGAACUAGAUGCCUAUGCUUGUUUAAUUGGCAUGAUAAUCAAGCGGACUGGUGCUGGCCAAGGUGAUGCAGUUACUAAGGUUAGUUAA